ACGCAAUUACCAUUAACCAAUGAUCCUAAUUAGCUAAACAAUUAAUAUAUGCAACAGAACUUAAUGGGAAAUUAAGUUUGGAGCAAAGCUAACGAGAGGUAACGUGCCUUUAAGCAAAGGUUCGAAACUUUUCAAAAUGGCGUUUGUUACGAUUUCAAGCUGGACUAAAAAAUGUCCAAAGGGUUGUUUUUUGACAGCUCUCGGUGUUGGGAGCGCGGCGCUUGCCGUGGCUGUCGCGUACAAGGCUGUACAGGCGCGGGGCAAGUCUUCGGAGUUUGAUGACCGCGGUUUCCCCGCAAUGGCUGACUAUCCCGAUCUUCGCCACCAUAACAAUCUCAUGGCGAAGCAUCUGACCCCCCGGCUUUACAGCAAACUUCGCGAUAAAGUCACCGCAAGCGGUUUUACAUUGGAUGCGGCUAUUCAAACCGGAGUCGACAAUCCAGGACAUCCGUUUAUCCUUACUGUGGGAGCCGUCGCCGGAGAUGAAGAAUCGUACGAUACUUUCGCGGAGCUUUUUGAUCCCAUCAUCGAGGAGCGACACAACGGCUUCAAAAAAACGGACCUGCACAAAACUGACCUGGACUCAUCCAAGAUCCGUGGCGGGAAAUUCGACGAACGUUACGUGUUGUCCUCGCGCGUGCGCACGGGACGAUCGAUUCGCGGGUUCAGCUUGCCGCCUCACUGCUCACGCGCAGAACGAAGAGCGGUAGAGAACAUCGUGUGCGAGGCUUUAGAUGGACUUAAAGGUAACCUGUCUGGGAACUACUAUCCGCUGAACGGCAUGACCGCAGCCGAACAACAGCAGUUGAUCGACGAUCACUUCCUGUUUGACAAACCAGUCUCCCCGCUUCUCACGUGCGCUGGCAUGGCACGUGACUGGCCUGACGCGCGUGGAAUCUAUCAUAACAACGACAAAAACUUCCUUGUUUGGAUCAACGAGGAGGAUCACACGCGCGUCAUCUCCAUGGAGAAGGGAGGUGACAUGAGGGCAGUGUUCGAUCGCUUCUGUAAAGGUCUCAAUGAAGUGGAGAGACUUAUUAAGCGUAAGGGACAUGAGUACAUGUGGAAUCAGCAUCUGGGAUAUAUUCUCACUUGUCCUUCUAAUCUUGGGACAGGCCUUAGGGCUGGAGUGCAUGUGAAGCUACCCAACCUGGCCAAGGAUUCAAGAUUUGGCGAAAUUCUGGACAAACUGAGAUUGCAGAAACGCGGAACUGGCGGUGUUGACACAGCAGCCGUGGGCAGCACAUUUGACAUCUCCAAUUCUGACCGUCUCGGCUUCUCGGAGGUGCAACUCGUCCAGAGCGUGAUUGACGGCGUCAAUCUUCUCAUCAACAUAGAGAAGAGGCUGGAAAAGAACAAGGCCAUCGAUGACCUUAUCCCCAAAUAAGGAAGUCGUGACGUUUGCUGGGUUUUGCAUCUGCUUUCUUGCAUCGCUUUCUCGCAGCUGUGCUUUAAACUGCUUUAGAAACUGAGGCUUGUCAAAAAUCAUUAAUUAAUGAAGCAGCGGUCACCAUACGCGCGUGUGAUUAUAUAUUAGUGACCGCUGUGCAGUUUAUCCGUGGCAGGCUUUGCUUGUCUGGCGGUGGGCCGACUGCAACUUGACAAGCCGCCUGAAGUGAUAAAGCAGAAAACAUGCUGAUGUCUGACAAAUGACUGGAAUAAAAAAAUUAAAAACUGCACCAAAUUGAUUUUUUGUGGAUAUUGCUAUCGAAUACUACACGGUUCUCAAAGUUAUCCUUUCUAUUUUAUCCUGAAAAGUACUUUACUUGACUGACAAAAACAUUUUUACGACAUCCUAGCCAACAAAACGAUGUGAUUAAUUCACAAAUCAGAUGUCAGAAAAUCUCCUACAGAAAGGACUUUACGCCAGUGUGUUCCCACCCCCUACCCUGUCAAGUCUCCUGUUUUGCGCUGGCGUCCAGUUCUCUCACGAUUCUAUCCGUGUGUUCAAUGAUCGAAUAGAAAUUCGAGAAAAUAGAGGGCUGUGAACAGUUUAGUGCAGCCUUGUCUGUUCAAACGCUUCACCACAUAUGUGACGCAUAUACCACCCACAAGCACUGGCAGAUCGAGGCCAGGGGGAUUUAAGGGGAGGGGCAAGCCUACAUGGGUCGUCUCUCGCGCGAAGAAUGGAUGAUUCCUGGACUUUUAGGUCCUAGUUUAGACAGAAAGGUUGUGCUUUCCCAUACCCAGCACUGCUUAUGUACCUUGACGAAAACUUAAUUGCUCUCGCUUUUUUGCGUUUGCGCAACUUAGCGGAGCAAUAUGGCACUCACAGAGGUAGAGAGUUAACCCUUUGCCCCUAUGAAUUCCAUAUGGUAAGUACUUAUCCUUGUGCUUGUUUCACACCUAUGAAUCAGCCGUAAGCGUUUUCUUUGUCUAUGGCAACCAAUACUAUGCACGCCAUUCGUGUUGGUGACGUCUGAGUUAAGUCAACUGAUGUAACCCUGCUCUUGGCUCUCGGGCUUUUUUCACACUCGUACCCAAUCGCUUUUACGGGUCAGAUCGGAUUGCUUCAAAGAGAAAGCGGUUUGGAUCGAGUAGAGCGCGCGGGGAGUUAGGAGACGAUCCUUCCCAUGACACCCCGCGCGUCUUAAUCCAUCCUGGUUUCCAAUCUUCUCUCCUCACAAAACACGAAAAUAGCGACUGGGUACGAGUCUGGGCGUUUUUGGCCUUUUCAGAUAUGGGAGGGUUACAAAGGUGGUUUUCGAACUGUCACGCCAAAAAAGCCUCUGUCACUGACAAACUUCUACUGACCCUUCCCCAGAUGGUCACAAUACAUGAACUACAAAGCAAUAUUUCACUACGUUGUUCUCACAUGAAAUCAUUUAUUUACAACUGGUCCAGCCUUUUUUUUUUACCCAAUGCAAUCUGGAUGCAAAGAACAACGUUUUAUAAUAUAACUGCACUUGUUGUAAGAUAAAAAACACACUCUGGCAUGGGAUAGGAAAGCGUUUAAAAGUGGUUGGAAAACGAGGAAAGAUCGUUAAAAGUAUGUUGUUAGUUACAUCGGAUAUUGCAAUGUUUUAAAUGCAGUUUUGCCGUCGUUAAGCAAUAAAAUUUGCCACGAAAAACUGCAAGGCAUUUUUGCACUUGACAUUCCGUUUGUCGUAUUCUGAGGUCCGGUCCUGUUCCAAAUCUUUGAGUU